AAACUCUCGUCUUAGUUGUCUUUCACUCGCAAAAAGUAGCCGGGAACGAUUUGAAAGGGUUGACGCUUGCUUCCACGAUUGUAUCAAAGCACAGAACUCGAUCGAAAACGAUAAGACUAGAUUUUUGGAGGUAGCAAAUAAAUUGCAAUUGAUCCAAAGCUGUUCGAGCAUCUCCGCUCUAUCAGCUUGCUGAUCUAUCAGUUGUUCCUGUUCCAGAACUCUCUAUGCGGUGAGCCAAUUUAUCAUGGCAGACUUACCUCGUUAUGUGGUUCAUUGUUUGUACAGUGGGAAACUUGCAUUUUUAGCAAUUUUGGUCUCUGCCGGAAUUGUGUUGCAAAUUUUGGCGUGUGCUUUGUAUAAUAAUUGGUGGCCAAUGUUAACAGUGUUAAUGUACGUACUUCUUCCCAUGCCUUUCAUGUUUUUUGUUGGGUCCAAUUCCUCUCUCUUUUCUGAAAGUGAGAAUAGCUGGGAAAAUGCUACCAAGUUCUUGACAGGGGCCUCUGCAGUUGGAAGCAUUGCAAUUCCAUCUAUAUUAAAGCAUGCCGAUAUUAUUGGUUGGGAAGCGCUUGUAAUAGAGUUUUCAUCCCUUCUUGUCUUCCUGAUAGCCAUAGGCUUUUACGUCCAAAUGAACACUGAAGAUGAUUACAACAUGUUCUGAGAUGCACUGUGGCUCCAUCUUGUUUAUAUAUGAAGGCGCCAAUGUCGAUUCUAUCACACCAGUCCCGUCUUUCAUUGGUUUGGAUCAUUGUUAGUGUAACCCUUUGUGCUCCAGAAUGGACACUGAAAAUUAUGUUAUUGAUUGAAUGAGAUUUGUUUUCUGUAUA